AUGACGUCUUCCACCAUGAACAACACAGCAACCAGACACAAGAAACCAGGAAUCCCCACCCCAGCCAUGCGGGAAUACCUAUGGAUGAAACAAAUCGGCAAAAGUCUCUCUGCCAACACUCCUCUACGUCCCAACAAGAGAACAAAACCGAGCGAAGGUGACAAAACCAGCUUAGAAACCAGACACCGUUUUCUCACGGCCUACAAGCUCAGGAAACUAAGAGAGAAAAGCGGUAUGCGUUACGGAAGAAACAGAGAGCGUUCCCGUGGACAUAAUUCGACAGUCCUUGGAGGAUCUCUGUACGAAGAUGCUAAGCUAUACAAAAUGAGUCUGAGGCAAGAUACUGAGUUCUAUGAGGAGUUAUAUGGGAUAUCUCCUUUCCAGGUUCCGAAGAGUAGGUGUAUGUAG